AUGAGUUCAGAUAGCGCAGCAACCGUACUAGCAACCGUGGCGACGGUUUGUUGGUGUGUACAACUAAUUCCCCAAAUUUACUAUAAUUGGCGUCGUAAAGAUUGUACGGGAUUUCCUCCAAUAAUGAUGUUUUUAUGGGUUCUCUCGAGUAUACCUUUCAGUAUAUAUUUCUGCAUUACUAGGGGGAAUAUUGUAUUACAGAUUCAGCCACACUUAUUUAUGUUCUUUUCAUUUAUUGGUUUUAUUCAAAGCUGUUAUUAUCCCCCAAUUUCAUUAUCAAAAAAAGAAAUAUUCCUUAUAGUAACUUCUGUCAUUAUAUUUGAUAUCGGGAUAGAAGUUGGAUUUAUUCUAGGGUUAAGACCUUUACACGCUAGAGAUAUUACCUGGCCAUCUCUUAUAUUUGGUAUAAUAGCUAUUAUUCUUUUAGCAGCAGGAUUACUGCCUCCAUAUUUUGAACUCGCAAAACGUCAAGGACAGGUGGGUUGGAAUAAUUUUUGGUUUUUAUUAUCGAUUCUCUUGGUGCUUGGCUCUCGAUUGUCAGUGUCGUAUUGGGAAACAUGGACGUCAUUGGAAUUAUACUUUACUGUGUUAUAG